AUGACAGACAAUCUCAGACGUGCCAUGCAAGACAUCGACUUAGGAAGUGAGGACGCUCCCUUUGUUCUUCCCCCUGAAGUGGUGCGACAAGCAGCGGCAGAGAACCGUUUCAUCCUUAUUGGACGUCCCUCUAUGCCUCGUCGACAAAAUUUGCGCAACCUUGUUGCCACCAUGCCUCGGGUUUGGGGAUUGGAAGGACUUGCUCGUGGUCGUGUUAUAGAGGGGAGAAGAUUCCAAUUUUUUUUCCCUUCCGAGGAAGCGAUGGAUACGGUGGUUCGACGUGGGCCUUGGGCGUAUGCAGAUAGGAUGAUUGUCCUUCAACGGUGGACACCUCUGAUGGACAUGGCGUUGCUCAAUUUUAUCCCGUUCUGGAUCCAAGUGAGGGGUAUUCCGCUCCAGUACAUGAACCGGGAAGUGAUUCUGCAUAUUGCUCGUGCUAUGGGUCAUCAAUAUAUCCAGAUGGAGUAUAAUGAAGAAACAGGAGGACAGAUGGAGUUUGUGCGGUUUCGUCUUAACUGGGACAUCACACAACCACUCAAGUUUCAGAGAAACUUCCAGUUUACUCCUGGUAUCAAUACUCUCCUUCGUUUUCAGUAUGAGCGAUUGAGAGGUUUCUGUGAAGUUUGCGGUCUUAUCACACAUGAUUCGGGUCGCUGCUUAAAUCCGAAUGGAGGACCUGAGGAAGGGCCAGACGAUGGAGAUGAUGGAGCAGAUGAUCAUAUGAAUGAGGCUGAACAUCAGGGCAACCCUGGAGUACAUAUUGAAGAAAUCAACGAGGAGGAGGCGAACGAGGGAGAUCAAGAUCAUUUACCUGAAGUGCAAGAAGAGCACCAGCCUGCUGAGAUUCAAAGUCCUGAAGAUGAAGUGACUGAAGAAGUAAUGAGUCCAGAAGAAGAGCCACAUGAUGAUGAUUGGCUGUGGGCUGGUGUAGCUAUGCCUAACAUGUAUUCCGACGAUAUCAACUCAGGAGAAAUGUUCUCUAUAUCUCCGUUUGCAGAAUGCUCUGAUGGUCGUGCUUCUCUGAAGAGAAAGACAUGGUUGGAAUAA